AUGAGAGGCCUCGGGCCCGGCUGCCUGCUGCUGUGCGCGGUGGCGGCCAGCGCCGCGCCCGCCGUGCCCUGGCGGGUGGCGUGUCCCCCGCGCUGCUCCUGCCAGCUCCGGCCCUGGUACUCGCCCCGCUCCGCCUACCGCGAGGCGGCCACGGUGGACUGCAACGACCUCUUGGUCACCUCGGUGCCCCGCGAGCUGCCCGAGGGCACCCAGACGCUGCUGCUGCAGAGCAACGACAUCGCCCGGCUGGAGCGGGGCGAGCUGGGCUACCUGCGGAACCUGUCCGAGCUGGACCUGUCGCAGAACAGCUUCUGCGACGUCCGGGAUCUGGGGCUCGGGGACAUGCCGCGGCUGCUCAGCCUGCACCUGGAGGAGAACCGGCUGUCGGAGCUGCCCGACGGCAGCUUCGCGGGGCUGGGGAACCUCCAGGAGCUCUACCUGAACCACAACCGGCUCCGCAGCAUCGCCCCCCGCGCCUUCGCCGGGCUGGGCGGGCUCCUGCGGCUCCACCUCAACUCCAACCUGCUGAGGACGCUGGACAGCCGCUGGUUCCAGACGCUGCCCAGCCUGGAGAUCCUCAUGGUGGGGGGGAACAAGGUGGACGCCAUCCUGGACAUGAAUUUCCGGCCGCUGGGCAACCUGCGGAGCUUGGUGCUGGCCGGGAUGCAGCUGCGGGAGAUCCCGGACUACGCCCUGGAAGGGCUGAGGAGCCUGGAGAGCCUCUCCUUCUACGACAACAAGCUGGCAGAGGUGCCCAGGAGGGCCCUGCAGCAGGUGCCCGGCCUGAAAUUCCUGGACCUGAACAAGAACCCGCUGCAGAGGGUGAAGCAGAGCGACUUCACCAACAUGCUGCACCUCAAGGAGCUGGGCCUCAACAACAUGGACGAGCUGGUGUCCGUCGACCAGUUCGCCCUCGCCAACCUCCCCGAGCUGACCAAGCUGGACGUCACCAACAACCCCAAGCUGUCCUUCAUCCACCCCAAGGCCUUCCAGCACCUCCCGCGGCUGGAGACGCUGAUGCUCAACAACAACGCCCUAAGUGCCUUGCACCGGCAGACGGUGGAGUCGCUGCCGGGCCUGCGGGAGAUCGGCAUCCACGGCAACCCCCUGCGCUGCGACUGCGUCGUCCGCUGGCUCAACGGCAGCCGCCCGCGCCUCAUCGAGCCGCACUCCACGCUCUGCGCCGAGCCGCCCGAGCUGCGGCGCCGCCGCGUCCGCGACGUGCCCUUCGGCGAGAUGACGGAGCGCUGCCUGCCGCUGAUCCCCGCCCGCAGCGUGCCGGCGAGCCUGGAGGCGCGGCCGGGCGACGACGUGGCGCUGCACUGCCGGGCGCUGGCGGAGCCGGAGCCGGAGAUUUACUGGGUGACGCCGUCCGGGGAGAAGCUGCUGCCGUUCGGGGAGGGCGGGAGGAAGCUCAAGGUGCGCUCCGAGGGGACGCUGGAGAUCCGCGGCAUCGCGGCGGGCGAGGCCGGGCUCUACACGUGCGUGGCUCAGAACCUUCUGGGCGCCGACACGCGCGGCGUCCGCGUGCUGGUGGGCGGCUCCUUCCCGCCGGGCCGCGCCGAGCUGCGGCUGCUGGUGCUGGACGCGCGGCCCCACCGCGUGCUGCUGGCCUGGAGCCCGCGCCUCAACGCCGUCUCCUCCAACCUCACCUGGGCCAGCUCGGCGCCGGGCUCGCGGCCGGGCGCGGCCAGGAUCCCGGCGGGCACGCACAGCUUCAACCUCACCCGGCUGCGGCCCGGCACCGAGUACCGGGCGUGCCUGCGCGUGGCCUCGGCGGCGGCGCCGCUCAGGGUGGCCUGCGUCACCGCCAGGACCGAGGAGGCCGCCCGGGCGCCGCCGUGGGCGCGGGGGACGCCGGUGGGCACGCUGCCGUGCCUGCUCCUGCUGCUGCUGGGCGCGGUGGUGGCGGCGGUGCGCGCCGCAUCCCGGCGGGAAUCGCCGCGCCAGGCCGCGGCCGUGCGCGUGGUCUGUCCGGCGCGGCCCCGGGGACGCGUCCUGGCCGUGGAGGUGCAGGCGGAUCCCGCCGAGUGCUGA